CUACGUAUUAUUUGACUGCUUUAAUAGUGCGUGAUGGUUUUGUAAGAACACAAGUUCAGCUCAUAGAGUCGUUCCAAGGAAAUUAUAUUGUACAAAAGAAAAGAUAUAGGUAAAUCUUAUAAAUGUUAUUGUAUAUAUAUAGACAAUUUGUAGUGUUUUAUACAUUAGUUCAGUUCAGUUUUAGUUCAAAGGUUUAAAUUUAUGAACAGAGAAGGUGAAAAAGAUACAGGAUCCAUAUACACAUUCAUGUGUAUUAGGGAUAAUGUUAGUACGUGUUUGAUUCUAGUCUAGAAAACAAUUGAUCUAAUAUAUAUUAUAGUACGAAUAAAAAAACAGCUAUAGUUAUCAAAACAAAGUUUGAGAUCUAACUGUGGCUAUUUUGAUAUUUCAAAAUCAAUUAUUUAAAUGUGUUAUUGCUAACUUUAGCAUUCAUAUGAUUUGCACAUGAUCGGAAAACGUUGUGCAUAAUGUAGAGAUGGAUGUAUAUAAUUGUAAUAUUGUAAUAUUAUACUACUAUGUGUGUACAUGAGCGUGUAUAUACAACUUAAUUAAACAAUAUAUACACACUCAUAUUAGAUGCACACCAUGAAAAAAUUGUUACUUUUGAAAGCAAUUUGCGUCAUUAAGGGAAAAGUAUUACAGAAAUUGUUAUAUGUAACAUCAGAUUUUUAUUUAUGAAUUGUAAAACAAUUUCAAUAUUGACAUAAUAUAUUUUUAUUAUAUAUAAGUAUAGAAUAUAUAUAUACACGUAUAUAAGAAGUUCUUGACUUAAACAUAAGUCAAUGCUUAGACUUGAAAUUUGAGUCUUUGUUACUCGAAGAAUGUAUACUUGUUACAUUGUAUAUUCGUAAAGUUUUUCUUUAAUAUGUUAUUUCUAUAAAUAUAUAUAGAACACAACUCAUUAGGGAAGAAGGAAUGAAAUUGACAUGAUAUGAAUGUAAUUUUAUUAAGCCAUUGGCCUGUGUCAGGAAUUUAUUAAUACUAAUCAUCAGUAACUCAUAAAUUAUGUUUCAUAUAUAUUCGUAAUCGCGAAAUUUACUUUCGUACAUUAAAAGCAGCCGAUGAAAUAUUACAUAACAUAAAACUUUAAAGUAUUAUUUUAUAAUUAAUAACGACUUUAUGGAGUUCAAAGUAACGAGUAAAUGGAUAAUACCUAAUUAUAUUUCGUUGAAUUUUGACGAAGCAUUACGAAAAAUUAAAAGAAAUAUUCAAUAGUUAUAGUUAGCUAUAUUCAUAUAUUUCUUCAAUCACGAAGCUCUAUAACUAAAAUUAAAAUAAAAAGUCGAUUAAUGAAUAGUACUGUGUUGAUUUAGCGAUCUUAAAAAUAUAAUUAUUGUAAUUAUUUUACAGAUAUGUAUGUACGUACACGCAUGCGCGAUUCUGUACAUUAAGUUCGCAUAGAAUUCGCGCGCAUGAAAUGCGUACGCUUACGUUGUGAAAUGAAUUAUGUACAAUUUAUAUAUAUUGAGAAGGAAUUGAAUUUAUUAAGAAUUUUAUCACACCAAGAAAUGAAAGAAUAAAGAUGGUUUACUAACAUGUUGCAGUUCAAUAAUCUCAUUAAUUAAUACACAUCGAUAUUAAUAUUUGCACAUACUAGAUAUAUUUUUAUUAAAGACAUAUAUUUUUACAUCAUUUCCGUUUCUGCUAUACAUAUGAAUAUGAUAUGAUAUGCUUUCUACACCAUCGUCGUAGCAACAUGAAAUUGUACGCGCAGUCGUGGUUCGAAUGUACAAAGGAAUCUCACGUACAUAUAUGUAUAGUAAAAACACCGAUCUAUUAUUUCGCCUAUCAAAAACAAUUUAUUAUUGGCUUAUUUGUAAAUUAUUGUCAUUAAUGAAAUAAUUCGAACAAUUUAUUUAAAAUGGAACAAUCUUGUCUAAAUGCAAUUCUACGAACGAAUAGAAUGUGUUCAUAGUUUUGUGAUUUUGGAAUAUUGAUCGUGUAAUGAGGAAGAUUUGUGCUUCAAAUACAGUUUGACUUACAAAAAUAAGUUUUCGAAUAGAUCGUGAAAUACUAUAGAUGCAUAUUUUUUAAUAUGGAAAGGUCGAAUCAUUAUUUCUGAUAGAGAAAUUGCCUAUCAAGAAAGAACAUGAAUGAUUGGCACUGUUGAUCAUUCGAAGAUUUAGUUUUUGUUCCUUGAGAGUCGCUGUUUCUGCCUCAUCUUAGUGAAAUGUAUAAUUGGCAUGGCUUUGUGAUAGUGAAUAGUCAAUUAAUCGGAUAUUGGCUUAGGUCUUGAUAAAUAUAAUGUAAACAAGACACUUUUCUUUUAUUCAUGUCAUGGAGAAUAUACUUUUUUAAGCUUGGAUAUGGUAACUAUGAAUUCUGAACAAUCGGCAUGUCGCCGAAAACCAGGUGAAAAUAAUGACAUUGGAGGAACAGCUGAUCGAUAUAGAAGUAGAGAUAAUCAAAUAGAUCAAUGUAACAAUCAAAAUGGCCAAGCAGUUGACAAAUCUCCAAGUAGUCCCACAUAUCAUAUCACUGCCUCAUGUGCCGAAGAUACACCUAAUUAUCUUGUGUAUCAGAAAAUGGAAGAUAUCGUAGAAAAAAUGUCAGAUGAAGUUACAGGUGUUCCAGUGAAAACGGUAAAGAAUUUUAUGACAAAAACACCUUCUGUUUUUACUGGUACAGAUUUAAUAUCAUGGAUGAUGAAGGCCAUGGCUAUAGAUGAUCAAGAGGCACUUCAUGUGGCACAUCUUAUGGCAUCUCAUGGAUAUUUCUUCCCUAUUGAUGACCACUGCCUUACUGUAAAAAAUGAUAAUACUUUCUAUAGGUUUCAAACACCAUAUUUUUGGCCAUCAAAUUGUUGGGAACCAGAAAAUACUGAUUAUGCUGUCUAUUUAUGCAAAAGAACGAUGCAAAAUAAAACACGUUUAGAAUUAGCAGAUUAUGAGGCUGAAAAUUUAGCUAAGUUACAGAAAAUGUUUUCGAGGAAAUGGGAGUUCAUUUUUAUGCAAGCAGAAGCACAAAGCAAAGUCGAUAAAAAGCGAGAUAAAUUAGAAAGAAAGGUACUGGAUAGUCAGGAAAGAGCUUUCUGGGAUGUAUAUAGACCAAUGCCUGGAUGUGUUAAUACGACAGAAAUGGACAUUAAGAAAGCAUGCCGUACUUAUAAACCAAUUUCGAAGUUAAACAAACAUUUAGGUAUGACUAGUACCGACAUUCCUUCACAUUCAGGAUCGUUCUCGAUAUCAUCGAUAGAAUCGUUAAAUAAGGAGAUUGAAAUGUUGAAAUCUAGACUAGAUAGAUCGAAUAUAAAGGUCUCGAAAGUUUCAGAAGCUCUGAUUGCAUAUUUUGAGCAGUAUGUAGAGUAUGAUCCUUUUUUCAUACAACCUGAAUUCACAAAUCCAUGGAUAUCAGAUAAUCCUGAAAUGUGGGAGCAAGAAAAAUUAGCCAAAGAAAUAUCAACAAGAAGAGUAAAAAGAUGGGGUUUUAGUCUUCAAGAAUUGCUACAAGAUCCUAUUGGUAGAGAACAAUUUAUACGCUUUCUGGAUAAAGAGUUCAGUGGUGAAAAUCUAAAAUUUUGGGAAGCCGUGCAAGAAUUGAAAACAUUACCUCAAAAAGAAGUUCAAAAUAAAGUGAACGAAAUUUGGAAUGAGUAUUUGGGUCCAGAUGCUAGUUGUCCAAUUAACGUCGAUUGCCAGUCCUAUGAGCUAACAAAGAAGCAUUUACAAAAACCUGAUCGAUGGUGUUUCGACAUAACAGCGGCGCACGUUUAUCAUCUGAUGAAAAGCGAUAGUUACUCCAGGUAUCUUCGCUCGGAAAUGUAUAAGGAUUUUCUCAGUGGCUCGAAGAAAAAGACUUCGGUAAAAGGUAUUCGUUCUAUUGUAUCGUUCAGCGGGCGCAGAGACACAGCCACGUCGUAAUCACCAGCUUAAAAAUUUUUCAUAAAUGGUUUUGGGAAUCUUUCCAAGUCUCGUGUUAUGUUUUCGUAUUCAGAAUGAUUCGAAGAGGAGACAAUGCAGUUCAUUUUAUUACUAUCACGCUAAAAAAGAGUAAGUAUGCAAAAUACUUUAAAUCCGCAUCUAGCGCAAUUUUCCACUUGCUUCCAUACAAUUUUUUGUAGAAUAAUUGAGUCUCUUGGAAGCCAAACUGAUCAACUCCAUUUUUUGUCAAUUUUUUAAUUUUAUUAUCUAUGUAUACAAUUAAUAAAUGUUCAAUUCUAAGGACGUUUAAAGAACGGUGUUUGUAACAUCAUCUUCUACUUUUUAUUUUAUGGAAUUGAUCAGAAUGAUUCUUAAACAGCUCAGUGAUAAAUUAUACCAAGCCCUGAAAUAGGUUUUGUAAAUAAUUUAUUCCAAUAGACGUAUUAUUAGUACAAGCAAAAACUGUAUAACUGUAUAGAGCAAUUCUAUAAACAUUUAUUUAUUAAAUUACACGUCAUUAAUGAUAUUUAAUUAUUUAUAAUUAUUAUAAUAUAUUUUUCCCAAGUAUAGGUAGUCUAAAUUAAAGUAAACACUACAAUUGUAAAAUAAUAAUUCUACAUGGAAUUCUAAAGAGACUAUCAAGAAUUUCUUAAAUAUGAAAUUUUGAUAAGUUGAUAUUCCAUCGACAAAAAUGAAUUAUGUUCAGGUAUGCAUAUGUUUAAAAGAAAAGAAAAAAGCAUCUCAGAUUAUUAACUAUUACAACAGUCAGAAACUAAAAUGCAUGAUUAACAUAUAAUGAUUAAUAAUACAUUAGUAAUUAUUAUACAAUAAAAUUUUACUAAAGCACAUGUUCCACUAUACUCUUCCAUAUCUUACAAAAAUGAAAUGUUUGUCAAUACAAUAAGUAUUGUAUUAAGUAAAGUAAUUGAGAUCAAAUAUUAAAAAUAUAACUCCUACAUUUCUGAGUAACACAUAACUCUUGUAUGCCUUUGACAAUGUUUAAAAUCUACAGUAUUUGUUUAAGAUUAAUAAAGAAAGAAACAAUAGGAUACCACACACCUAUUUUCGUAUCAAUUAUAUUUUUCAUGAAUAGACAAAUACGCCUGUAGUGAAGAAAAUAUUAUACGAAAAGUUAUCAAGCAUUUGUAAUCUUGUAAUAUUUAUUAUAUUAAAACGUAUUGUAAGCCAGGUAUAUAUUAGAAGAACAAAAUGUAAUUAUAAAUAUAAGAUAGUAUAAAAAAGAACAGUGAUGUAUGAUCUUUUAUCUAGCAGUAAUUCAUUGACCCAAAAUUUAUAAAUUGUGUAAGAUUAUCUCCAAUUUUUUAACAUUAUUUAAAAUUAUCCGUAGUCUUUUUAUUUAUGAUGUACGUAAUUUAAAUUUAGUAUAGUGAUCGAUUGCUCCUGCGUGAUCGCAAUUAGAAGGUAUUUUAAGGUAGUUAGGGUAUUUUAAAGUAUUUUUUAAAGACUAUAAUAUUUGGUUGUUUUUAAUAGUAAAUUAAUUUCAAAAUAUAUACUAUUCGUUCUAUAAAAUUUUUUGUUGUUAAGUAUUUUUUCUUAAUGGAAUUAGAAAACUUUAAUUUUAUCUUUUUUAAUGAAAUUGAAUAACAGUUUAUAUUAUAUUUUCGGUAAAAUACAGUUUAUUUUGGAUCCUUACAAAGAUGUAAUUUACAUAAAAGGAAAUAUAAAAUGUCAUAUAAAAACAAAUAAAAAAGAAAUUUAGCAGAUAUCAAUGAUAUUCCUAAAUAUCAAUACUGAAAAGAAACAUCAGACAUGCUAAAAGGAACAUAAAUAUGAUUCAUGUAGGGAAUCACAAUGACUAUAUAAUAGCACCUGAAAUCAAAUACAUGUAAUUCUACUUGUAAUGUAAACCAAUAGUAAUUAAAAUUAUUUUCUAAUUAUUAAUAAACUUAAAAUAUCAUUUAAAUCAUAUAAUUACACAUUAUUAAAAAAAAAAAUAAUAAAAA